AUGCCUCCACGCAUACACCUCUCAUCCAGCCUCUUCGCAACUCUCAUUCUCACCGCCAACGCCAUCCUCUCCUCUCCCCCCCUCAUAGUCAACACCUGGUCCGGCCCCUUCACCUCCGCCACCGACGCCGCCUUCCUCUCCCUCAACAACUCUUCCGCCCUCGACGCCGUCCAGGCCGGCUGCCAGGCAUGCCAGAACAACCAAUGCGACCACACCGUCGGCUUCGGCGGCUCGCCCGACGAGUCCUGCGAGACCACGCUCGACGCACUCAUCAUUGACGGCGAGACGCUGAAUGCCGGGGCAGUGGCCAACUUGCGCCGCGUCAAGGAUGCCAUUGGGGUGGCGAGGCAUGUGCUUGAUUAUACGCAGCAUACACUGCUGGCUGGCGAACAAGCAACGCAGUUUGCUCUCGAGAAUGGCUUUGAGGAAGAGAGUCUGUCAACACAAGAGUCGCUCAAGACGUGCUAUGGAUGGCGCAAGGGCCACUGCCAGCCAAAUUACCGACUCAACGUCCAACCAGACCCUCUCUCCUCCUGCGGGCCAUACUUACCACUAUCACUCUCCAACAUCUCAACAACCUCAUCGUCAAGCUCACAGAGUCACUCUCACCCUCACCCCAACUCUCACCCUCACUCUCACGCUCAAAACUCCUCCCACGACACCCUCUCCCUCAUCGCCCUCCACGCCUCCUCCAUGGCCGCCUGCACAACCACAAACGGCGCCUCCCACAAAAUCCCCGGCCGCGUCGGCGACGGCCCCAUCCCCGGCAGCGGCUCCUACGUCGACUCCACCGUCGGCGGCUGCGGCGCCACCGGCGACGGCGACAUUAUGAUGCGCUUCCUCCCCUGCUACCAGGCCGUGGAGAGCCUGCGCCGCGGACUGACGCCCCAGCAGGCCGCCGAGGACGCCGUGAGGAGGAUCCUGGCAAAGUAUCCGGAUGCGAAGACGGGGAUUGUAGUGGUGGAUAAAAGAGGGGAGCAUGCGGCUGCGGCGAGCGGGUGGGAGUUUUCGUAUUCUUAUAGGGGUGGGGGGAUGGAGAGGACGGAGGAGGUCAAGGUGAGGCCGUUGAUUGAGAUGGAACUAGAAAGAGAAGAGCUGUGA